AUUCAGUGACACCAUGCGCAACGACUGAAUGAGCCUUCUCUCUCGAUACCUGCGCGGCCCUGCUAUCAUAAAUACUUAUAUGACCUCUCUGCGGAAUUUCAGCACAACGACACCCAAAAUGGCGCAAUUGAAAGUCCACAAUUCAUUAACUCCCGGCGGCACGGUGCCUUUCUUGCCCUUGGAAGAAGGGAAAGUUUCGUGGUAUGCUUGCGGACCUACGGUGUAUGACCAUUCACACUUGGGGCAUGCUAGGAAUUAUGUCUCUACAGAUAUCAUUCGGAGAAUCAUGCGCGAUUACUUUGGCUACCAGGUCAAAUUUGUUAUGAACAUUACAGACGUCGAUGACAAGAUUAUCUUGAAGGCAAGGAGAGCAAAGCUUCUAGAGCUCGAGAAGUCGAAGACCUACACCGAACCAGAACUAGCGAAGCUGGCUGCAACGGCAUUCCAAUCCUACGCGGAAGGAAAUCUACCAGAACUGCUGAAAGAUGGGUCGAAGCUGAGUCCCAGAAAUUAUGCAGAGAGGAGAGAUGCUGCAUAUGGAAAAGUGCUUGCUGGUGGAACGUUGAAUGGGGAGGGGAAGCCAGGAGACGCCGAAGCCAAGAUGAAGAUGCAUUUGAGCAACUUGACUGCUGCUUCUCAAGCAAUACAAGAGAAUAAGGUCUUUGGCGGGGCUGACGAAGUUCUGUUACCGUACCUGGACUCCCUCUACAAGGAUUCAAUUGAUGGGAAGGACCAUACAAUCUUCACCAAGGUGACACAAUAUUGGGAAGCUCAAUUUAUGGAUGACAUGGACAAUCUCAAUGUCAUGAGACCGGAUUACAUUACUCGAGUUACAACCUAUGUCCCGCAGAUUGUGACGUUCGUUGACAUGAUUGUGGAGAAGGGGUUUGCCUAUGAAGCAGAUGGUUCUGUCUAUUUCGACAUUGCUGCAUUUGAGAAGGCUGGAAACCCAUAUGCACGACUCUGCCCCAACAGCCGAAAUGACAAAGCAUUGCAAGAAGAGGGUGAGGGCUCGUUGUCGAAAAACCUUGGAGGAAAGCGAGGACCUUGUGAUUUUGCUUUAUGGAAGAAGUCCAAGGCAGGAGAACCAGUCUGGCCAAGCCCUUGGGGUGAAGGACGUCCGGGAUGGCAUAUUGAGUGCUCUGUGAUGGCUUCAGAUAUUCUUGGUUCGCAGAUGGAUAUUCAUUCUGGAGGUAUCGAUCUCGCUUUUCCUCAUCACGAUAACGAGUUGGCUCAGAGUGAAGCAUAUUACUGCUCGCAUGGUCAAGUUCACAACUGGGUCAAAUACUUUUUCCAUAUGGGCCACUUGUCAAUUUCGGGCUCAAAGAUGUCGAAAUCGUUGAAGAACUUCCAGACCAUCAAGGACGCGUUGAAGAAUGAUUACACUCCAAGGGCUAUGCGAAUUGUCUUUUUGAUGGGUCGAUGGAAUGAUGGUGUGGAGAUCUCCCCUGAUAUGCGAAAGCAAGCUGAGGGAUGGGAGACUACGAUCAAUAACUUCUUCACCAACACGAAAUCGUUGAUCAUGCAAAGUAAGAGUGCAGAAGAGGGACUCAAGACACUCUCCAUCAACGGCAAAUCUGGAGGGCUUCAUGAAACUCUGGAGAAGGCACAGUCAGAAAUGCAGAGCGCUUUGACAGAUUCUUUCGAUACACCACGAGCUAUGCGCAUUCUUGCUGAGAUCGUCAGGGAUGCAAACAAACACGACAGCGAACCCGGCUCUGCAACCGACAUUACAGGACUCAAGUCCAUUGCUCGAUGGAUCACAAAGAUGGUUGGGAUCUUUGGAUUGGACGCAAACGCUUCCCCGCCUUACGAAGGUCUUGGUUGGACAAAUACCGCUUCGAAUGCACACUUGAGUACCAAAGAAAUUGUUGAGCCAUACGUCAAAGUAUAUCAAAGUGUCAAUUCGGAAGUCGAGCGUCUUGCGCUGCAUUCAGAUUCACUUGAUGCUCUGAUGGCUGAGGAUGUCGAUACGAAGUUUUCAGGUCUGGAAGCUAGUGGCACGAAGGAUUCCGAGGCGUUGGCCAUGCCUUACUUGAUAGCUGUCUCAAAGAUUCGAGAUGAGUUGAGGAGGAUUGCACCAAACUCAGAAUCGAAGAAGCAGAUUCUUACGUUGUCUGACCGAAUCAGAGACAAUGAUCUUACCGAUUUAGGUGUGUAUUUGGAUGACAGAUCUGUUGAUCAAGGUGCGCUCAUCAAGUUCGUUCCCAAGGCGGAACUUCUGGCUCAAAGGGAGGAGAAAGCUGCGAAGGAGCGGGAGAAGACUGCCCAGAAGGAAAAGGCUCGAUUGGAGCGUGAGAGAAUUGAGCUCGAGAAAGCUGAAAAGGCUAAACUCAGUCCUAUGGAUAUGUUCAAGGAUGAUAGGUUUAGUGCUUGGGAUGACAAGGGUUUGCCCACAAAGACCAAGGAGGGUGAAGAUGUGCCAAAAAGCGCUUUGAAGAAAUUGGGCAAGGAAUGGGAAAGGCAAAAUAAGCUACAUCAGGAAUGGAAGGCGAAAUCUGGUUGAGAUUGUUUGGGGAAAGCAUUUUUGGCGUUCGAUAUCCUUGCUGGGAAUGGAGGCAUCAUGUGGAGUAGAGUUUUAGACCUGAAGACCUUAGCGAAUUUCGUGUUGGCUUUUUCAUGUUCAGCUCAGCCUUGUGUUACCAUCGGCCGC